CCCCCCUUUCCCGGUGUUCCCCCAGCAGCCCCCGCCGAGGAUUAGGGGGGAGUCAGGGGACCAAACAUAUCGCUGGGGUGUGGACACCCCGGGGUACGGGAACGGCCUCCCCGCCCCCGCCACGGGUCUGACGUCACGGGUCUGACGUCACGGGUCUGACGUCACGGCGCACUCCUCCCUCCGGCCGGCAGGGCGCGCUGUGGGGCGGAACGAGUGGGGCGAUGGCGGAGCGGGCGGUGGGAGGUGCGGCCACCGGAGCAGCGCCCGGAGCGCAGGCCCUGGAGCUCUCCCAGGAGGAGAAGCUGCAGCUGCGGAAGGAGAAGAAGCAACAGAAGAAAAAGAAGAGGAGUGAGAAGGGGCUGGUGGCCAAGCCCCCAGAGUUGGGGACGCCCCCCGGACCAGGGCAGCCCCAGGCAGCUGUGUCUCCCGUGUCCCCCUCGGCCGAUGGCCCCACCGAUGGUGAGAAGCCCACAGCGGGCAAGAGCAAAGCGGAGCUGCGAGCGGAGCGCCGUGCCAAGCAGGAAGCCGAGCGGGCCCAAAAGCAGGCAAGGAAAGCAGAGCUGGGCCAGGCACCUGUGCCUACCAAGCCCAGGAUGGCACCCACGGAGCCACAGGCCGUGGUGAAGCGGCUGCCAGAGCAUGUGCAGGUGGAUGAUCCUGCCGCCCAGAGGAAGCUGGCCAAGAAGCUGGAGCGGCAGCAGGUGCCCCUGCGUCAGGACUAUGGCACCAAGGUCAACCUGUUCUCCCACUUGCACCAGUACAGCCGGAAUAAGCCACUGACGCAGCAGAUGAGCAUCCCCUCCACUGUCAUCCACCCGGCUGUGGUGCGGCUCGGCCUCCAGUACUCCCAGGGCAUCAUCAACGGCUCCAAUGCCCGCUGCAUCGCCCUGCUGGAGGUCUUCAAACAGCUGAUCCGGGAUUACUCGACUCCCCCGAACGAGGAGCUGUCACGGGACCUGGUGGCCAAGCUGAAGCCACACAUCAGCUUCCUGAACCAGUGCCGGCCCCUCUCUGCCAGCAUGGGCAAUGCCAUUAAGUUCCUCAAGAAGGAGAUUUCCAGCCUCCCUGACACGCUGAGAGAAGAGGAGGCGAAGGAGAAGCUGCAGGACACCAUCGACAAAUACCUGCGGGAGAAGAUUCUUCUGGCAGCUGAAGCCAUUUCCAGGUCUGCCUUUGAGAAGAUAAAUGACAACGAUGUGAUCCUGGUGUACGGAUGCUCUUCCCUCGUGAACCGCACACUGUGCGAUGCCCACGCGAAGAUGGGCCGGGCGUUCCGUGUGAUUGUGGUGGACAGCCGGCCGCGGCUGGAGGGCCGGGAGACGCUGCGGCGGCUGGUGCGUCAGGGCAUCCACUGCACCUAUGUGAUGAUCAACGCCAUCUCCUAUGUGCUGCCAGAGGUGUCCAAAGUGUUGCUGGGAGCCCACGCACUCCUGGCCAACGGCUCCGUCAUGUCCCGGGUGGGGACAUCCCAGAUAGCGCUGGUCUCCAAGGCCUACAAUGUCCCCGUCUUGGUGUGUUGUGAGACCUACAAGUUCUGCGAGCGCGUGCAGACGGACUCUUUUGUCUCCAACGAGCUGGAUGAUCCCGACGACCUGAUCGUGCUGCGGAAGGGCCAGGCGCAGCUGGGCGGCUGGGCAGAGAACAAGUCCCUGCGCCUCCUCAACCUGGUCUACGAUGUGACGCCUCCCGACCUGGUGGAUCUGGUCAUCACAGACCUGGGCAUGAUCCCCUGCACCUCCGUGCCCGUCGUCCUGCGCGUAAAGAACGUGGAUCAGUAGGAGAUGUGGCUGCACGGACACCAAUAAACUGACCCCCCCAAAAAAUGCCUUGUCUGCUUCUGUGCUG